CCACCAAUCGAACAUGGUUUUCACAGGGUGGAAUUUCAACAGGGGAUGGGACGAUGUUUGAGUGUUUGUCAACAGGUACCAAAUGUCAAGAGUUGGUUUUGGGAGUGCCUGCAGUACUCAAAUUUCCAUGUGCGAUCAAAUGAUCGAUAGCUGUGAUCAAUGCUCAGAAAUUCCAAGACUCACGACCUCAGUUUCCGUGCCGUCCCCGCCUUUCUGCUGAGCCCUAACCUCGCAACUGUGUUGUUGUUUUGACAAUUUUUGGAGGGAUUCGAGGGACGUUGAGAAACUCCAGCAGUUUCUCCAGCAUCACGAUCGAUUUGGAAAUGUAACUCCUAUUCAGAUGUGUCACGAUGGUUCAGGGCACCACGGAGAGAUUUAAUCAGAUGGCUGAACGACCUGGAAAUAUAACAGGAGAAGACGAAGCUUGUAGUCCAUCUCUGAGCUCAGGAGUUGGUCGCAAUGCAGCAAACUGUGGGCAGAUGUUUGCCUUCAAGUCUGAAGAGUCGUCAUCAUUGGAUGAGGAUGAAGACAAAGAUGAUGACAAAGGCACCGAUGGUGUAGGCUGGCUUGCUUGCUUGUUGUGUGGAAAACCAAAUGACGACCUUCCCAAUCCUGUAAAUCAACCCAGUGGAGGAAACGAUAAGGAUGCGCCACAUCUUUGCGCAUCUUGUAGCCAACGAUUUGAGCUUAUCCAGAAUAGUACUGCCGGAGAGACUUUGACAAAUGGCCAUGUUGAUGACGGUGCGCCCAACAUCAGAGCCAUCGUCAAACUGGAGGAGACCGAGGAGGAGCUCAAGGUGCUUGGACAGCCCAAGCUGAGGUCUGCGUCGAAGGCCAGGGCGGCGUCCAAGGCGGCGGCGCGGUCGUGCGGCGCGGGGGACGCCGGAGGCAGAGGCGCCCCGCUGGAGGCGCUGGAGACGCUGGAGUGCGCCGAGUGCAACGUGACCUUCGAGGACGCCGCCUCGUUGGAGCGCCACGCCAUGACGCACAUGGCGGAGCACGCGGACGACAACGGGGACCGCGAGGACCACGAGGACGGCGCGCGCGAGGAGCGCUUCCUGCCGUUCAAGUGCGAGGUGUGCACGCGCGGUUUCAGCCGCAAGGACAAGCUCAAGCUGCACCUCAUGAUCCACAGCGGCGACAAGCCGCUCAAGUGCGACUCGUGCGGGAAGGCGUUCCUGCGCCGCGACCACCUCAAGAACCACAUGCGCACGCACACGCGGCCGCCCGCCGCGCCCAAGGCCGCCAAGCAGAAGCCGGCGGCCCCAGAGACCGGCAGGGCCGCGGAGGCGGAGGCCCGCCCGCCGGACGCCGACGCGGACCGCGGCCAGCAGAGCCAGGUGGACCGGCCCUACGGCUGCGACGUGUGCCACAAGAUGUUCUCCAGGAAGGACAACCUGGCCUCGCACAUGCGCACCCACACGGGCGAGAAGCCCUUCGCCUGCCAGCUCUGCGACAAGCACUUCGCGGAGAGGUGCGCGCUCAAGCGCCACAUGGUGGUGCACACCCAGGAGAAGCUGUACCUGUGCGGCGUGUGCGGGCGCUCGUUCGCGCGCAAGGGCCACCUCAGCGAGCACAUCUGGCUGCACGACGAGGUGAAGCCCUUCGCGUGCAACGUGUGCGGCAAGUCCUUCGCGCGCGACCGCAAGCUCAAGAGCCACAUGAUGACGCACAGCGGCGAGCGGCCCUACAAGUGCGACGUGUGCGACCGCGCCUUCGCGCGCAGGGACAACCUGCGCAGCCACCAGUCGCUGCACUUCGGCGUCAAGGCGCCCCCUCGGGGCCCGCGGCCCAACAGGCAGCGGCAGCAGUCCCGGCAGGCCUCGGACCCGCUCGACGCCGCCGCCUCUCCCGGGCAGGACUUCGUCCGAGACGUCGUCGACAUGCAGGACGACGGCUCCGCCUCUCCCAGGCUGGAAAUCGUCACCAUGCAGGACGCCGCCAUGCAGAGGGCUUCCAUGAAGAGCGCCACGAUGCAGAGCGCUACGUUGCACGGCGCUACGAUGCAGAGUGCUGCCAUGCAGAACGCCACCAUGCAGAGUGUUGCCAUGCAGAACGCCACCAUGCAGAGCUCUGCCAUGCAGAGUGUUGCCAUGCAGGACAUCGCCAUGCAGAACGCUGCGAUGCAGAGUGUUGCUAUGCAGAGUGCUGCCAUGCAUGACAUCGCCAUGCAGAGUGCUGCCAUGCAGAGCGCCUUGAUGCAGGGCCUGGCCGUGCCCCAACAGCUCCUCGAGCACCAGCUCAUGACCCCCAUGGACGUCGGCCACGUCGGGCACGGCGGCCACGGCCUGGCCAUGGUGCCGGUAGCUCGGCGAUGGCGCCCGCGGGCACGCACGGCGUGCUGGGCAUGGGCGGGAUGGCUAUGGUGCCUUCCUAGACCUCGUUUCCGGUUUGCCUUCUGAGGGAAGUGGUGGAGGUCCUCCCUCAGUGCCUGUCUCUCCCAGGCUGCGUGUGGGGUGGCUCGAACCCUGUACAAUCUUGACUUAACGUGCUGCCAGAGUACCUGGAAUCUUGAAUUAUUUCUAGUUUGAUGUUCUCCAGCUCUGGUUUGAUUGUGAUGUUUGAUUUAAUGUUUUUCGUUAUAGUUGUUGUUUUGAAAAAAAAAAGGUUUAUGUAUCGUUGGCAAGUGUCACAACUUAAUUAUGCUCAAAUGCCUGACUGGAAUGACUUUGUUGUCUUCAUUCCUCUUGUGGGGAGAUCCCCCUUUUCAACCUUACGUAGUGUCAGUGUCGGGCGCCAUUAUUAUUGUGAUGCAUAGAGACAUUGUCAACUAUGGUGUUGGUGCGAAGAAAUCCAGUGAAUGUCGGUUUUUGCUUUGUGAAAGAAGAACAGACUCACUAUAAGUCAUAUCAUUCUUUAAGUGUAAUUUUUGAAGGGAAUAAUUGUUUUCUUAUUAGUUUUCUUGUUUUAUAUCUCUGUUCCUUAAAUAUGGUUUUAAAUGACAAUGAAGACGUUUUGUUUUAAGGUACAAUUAUAAGAGGGCAGUUACCCAGAUCGUUUUUAUUUAACAUUCUGUAAUUGUUAUGUUUAGUUCUUUGUUGAGUCAAUGGGCAAUAACUUUUUGUUUGAUAUAUUGUAUGUUUGGUUGCAUGAUUCGUUAAGGCACAAUUGCGUUGUGGAGUUUAUUUUGUAUUGAGAAUGUUCCUUAUUGAGUUUAAUACGUGUUACUAUAUAGUAAUGAUAGUGAAUUGGAAUUCCAGAAUUGUAGAUCUCUAUUCCAGAACGAGGCCUUUCUAAGGCUACUUUCUCUGUUCAGUCCUAUAUGCUACUUCCUUGUUUCCUUAAAUUGUUAGGCACUGGGACCUAAUUUUGAGGCGAGUUAAUGCUCCGGCAUUUCUUUGCCAUAGUCAUAUUAAACAUGUGAUCUUCUCUCAA